CAGCGAGAUCCUCGACGCCACGCUGACCAUCACCGUCACCAUGCGGACGCUGGACCUCAUCGACGAGGCCUACGGCUUUGACUUCUACAUCCUCAAGACUCCAAAAGCUGAUAUGUGCUCGAAGCUCGGGAUGGAUUUGAAGCGAACGAUGCUGCUGCGACUUGCACGGCGGGAUCCUAAACUGUAUCCCGAUGAUCCAGCCAGAAGAGAGGCGAUCUACAACAAGUACCAGGAAUUUGUGAUCCCAGAAGAGGAAGCUGAAUGGGUUGGCUUGAGUUUAGAAGAAGCAAUAGAAAAACAGAGGCUUCUGGAAAAAAAGGACCCUGUCCCUCUCUUUAAGGUGUAUGCUGAAGAGCUCGUCAACCAACUGAAAGAACGGGCACUGCAGAAGCAGUAGAAGGAAAGAAACCUUCAGAGCAAAGCCCCUGCUGCAGAUCAAGCUGUAGGGUUCAGUGGGUCUUCUGUCUGAACCACGGUGUGUGGAAGGGGCCACAUGAAGAGCGUGCCCAGGAGCACGUUGCAGUUAUCAAAGUCUAAUGACAGCCUAAAUUCAGUGAGGACUGAGGAAAGAAUUUCUGUCCUGUGGCCUCUGAAAGCGUUCUUGUAAGACUGACUUAAUGUGGUUCUUCUGCCUGUAAAAGUAGUUGGCUGCUGUUGAGAGCUUGAUUGCGAUGUCAGAUGAAAUACGCGUUUUGGGAAUAUCAGUAAACUUUUCUCUGGUGU